CUAAAAAUCAAGGCAAUGGUCACCGCCGGAAAACAAAACCUCGCUCUCUUGCUGCUCUUUUGCACGGUGGCGGCGGCGGCCAUCGUGCCUCGUGCUAGCGCCGUGAUCACGUGCGGCGAGGUGUACUCUACCUUGUACCCGUGUGUGGGCUACAUAAUGAACGGCGGGAAGGUGCCCGGAGCCUGUUGUAGCGGGCUGGCAUCGCUGGUGACCAGCCUCAAGACCACGCCGGACCGGCGAGCAGCUUGCGCCUGCGCCAAAGCGGCGGCGGGGAGUGCUAACCCAGUGCAACUCGGCCGUGCGAUGGGCCUCCCCGGCAAGUGUGGUGUCCAUAUUCCGUUCAAGAUUAGCCCCAACGUUGACUGCUCCAAGAUCAAGUAACUAAAAAGUUCAGCCAACAAAAAGAAAAAAAAAAAGUUGCUUAUGGAAUAAUGUUACUAGUUACUGGUGCAUGGAACAUGGUCUUCUGUGGACCAUACUAUCAAAUAAUG